UUGUUUCCAUUGCCAGGAGGUUUCAGUUGUUUUUCCUUGCAUUUUUCAGUUUUCAGUUUAUGGUUUCUUGUUCAUUUUGCAUCACAUAGAAGCUUAAGGUUAUUUUACUGAGUAGCUCUCAUGGAUAAUGGUAGUGCUAAUGUAAAAAUUGUAUCUAAAUAUUGGAAUACAGGUUACUACCAUCCAAUUGAAUGGCACUAACUAUUUGUUGUGGGCACAAGCCUUUAUGGUUGCUUUUGGGGGAAAGAAAAAAGCUUAAGUUUAUUCAAGAUUUACCACCAAAGAAGGAUGAUAAUGGCUAUGAUGAGUGGGUGUCAGACAAUGCAUUGGUUAUUACUUGGUUGUGGAAAAAGGUAGUUCAUGUGGUUGUGGUCCCAUUGGUAGGGGUCACUUUAGUUCAUCUGGGGCCUUCAGUGGUAGAGAGCAUGGUCAAGGCCAUACAAAGUUUCGAGAUCAGGCCCGAGGUCGAUGUACUCACUGUGGUGGUGAUAGACAUAUUGUGGACAAGUGCUAUGAUCUCAAUGGUUAACAAUGGGAGAAUCGGGGAAAUCAAGUUAUCACUUCUGAGAUAG